AUGAAGCCCACUCAGAUUCUCAUCGCUCUUGCGGCCAUUGUCUAUGCGGCCCCCGCCGUGGAGCAGAGAAUGGCCCUCCGCCCCCCUGAAAUCGACACGCAUUCUCAACCACAUGUCAAGCGCUGCGGCAAGGGAAAACCUAAGUACCAUGGUCGAUACCCAUACCCCGACCAAACUUAUAACCAGCUCACUGACGGGACGCCCUGCCGAAAUGUUACUAUAAUCUACGCCCGAGGAAUGGGGGCAGAGGGCAACGUAGGAGCCGUAAAUGAGACUGGUCCCAUCAUAUUCAAUGAACUUGCCGGGCUUAUUGGCCCACAGAACCUGGCCAUUGCAGGUGUGAAGUACAAGGCGGAUAUAAAGAACGUUAUUAAGAAAGGCCCUAAAGCAGGCGGUCGGGCCAUGAGUGAGCUUAUCAACCGGGCCGCAACCCAGUGUCCCGAUACCAAGAUUGUCCUCGUCGGUCACAGCGCGGGCGGCGCGCUCCUGCAUCAAAGUGCUGAAAAUAUAACUGCUGAGGUGACGGCGCGCAUCGCUGCUGGUUAG